UGGAUAAUUUUGUUCGUCUUGUGCCUUGAAGAUACAUCACACGAACUAGAUAAGCGUUUAUAAACACUUUAACAGCUGAAAGUUUCUCGAAAAUGGCGAAUCUAUUCACUGUUACAGCUCCUUUCCUCUCGCAGCCGUUCUCCAAAACAGCACCGUACCACCAGUGUUACGCCUCUUCUUCCAAUCCGCCGCCGGAGCAGAACCCUCCACCACAGUCAGAGUCUCCUUUUCCUCCGUCUCAAUCGAUAAGCGCGGCCUCGAAGGAGCAGCCGGUCGCAUCGCAGCAGAAGAGGAAGAAGAGCGUCGAGACGACGGAUUGGGUCGCUUCUUCGUUGACACGGCGGUUCGGAAUCGGCGCCGGUCUUGCCUGGGCGGGGUUUCUGGCUUUCGGUGUAAUCUCAGAGCAGAUCAAGACACGGAUUGAGGUUUCUCAGGAAGAAGCUAACACAAAAGACGUAGAAGAAGAGAAAGAGAUUGUCUUGCCCAACGGCAUUAGGUACUAUGAUCUGCGGCUUGGAGGAGGAGCAACACCGAGACCAGGAGACUUGGUAGUGAUUAAUCUAAAGGGGCAAGUGCAAGGAACCGGACAAGUGUUCGUGGACACAUUUGGAAACGAAGGCAAGAAGAAGCCGUUAGCCCUUGUGUUGGGUUCAAAACCAUAUAAUAGCAAAGGAUUAUGUCAAGGCAUAGACUAUGUUCUGAGGUCGAUGAAGGCUGGAGGUAAAAGAAGAGUGAUUGUUCCACCAUCUUUAGGAUUUGGAGAAGACGGUGCUGAACUGGAAUCGGGAUUGCAGAUCCCGCCUUCUGCUUCGCUGGAGUAUAUAGUUGAGAUUGAUAGAGUCUCAAUUGCUCCUGCUUGACUUGAGUUUCUAGAGGCUUUGGUCUGUUGUCAAAUCAGAGUUUCUAGAGGAUUUGGUCCCUAAUGAGAGAUUAUGGAGGGAAUAGUGUAAAGUAGUACAAGUUACAAAACUUUUUUAUAUAAUAUAUAUAGAUGUACAAAGGAUCUCUUGACGAAAUCUCUAAUUCCUGACAAAU